AUGGAUGUUCUUUUCAUCAACUUCCGAUCCUUUCGUGGCUUGACCUGUUUUGCCCCCAGAUUUGCUUUCAGAACAGGUGUCCUCGGUUACACGAAGCGGCCGAGCUCCUUCGUGAAGCCCUUCCCGGACCCCGCUUUGUUUCAUCCGCGCAAUGGGCGUCGGCUGGAAGCGGAGGAGGAUCUGCCCGAGCGCGUGCACUUCGAGGUGGAAGAUGGAGGAUAUGAGUUUCACUACGACUUCGCUGGCACUCCCACUGUGGAGCGAGUCUUCAACUUGGACUCCGAGGAGAACGGAGUUGAGGCAAUCCAGUGCGCCGACGGUCGCCUCAGCAUCUAUUGGAACACUUCAAAGGCAAAGGAUGCGGCCAAGCUAGAGAAAGACGCUGUCAUCAGUGGGUCUCCGGAGUGGCAAUGCAACAUCUCGAACUCUACGAAAAGCCGUAGUGGCAUGCCCCAGCGCACAGGCUUACUCUUGCGUGUCCUGCAGGUGGCCGACGCAGCGCCUGUGUCCAGCGUCUUCCGAGUGGCGCCGGUCAGCCCGCUGCAGCUCUUCCGCAACGUGUACCUGGGCGUCUCGUGGCGCCGGCUCGAGCAGCCGGGAUGGUCGGCAGCGGCGGGAGGUGAGGCCCGGGAUGGUCGACAGCUGCAGACCUCCUGCGGAGACUUUGAGUGGGGCUUGAACUAUGACUGUGACAGUCAACAGGCAUCGCAAAGCUAUUCUUUGGGGCCCUUGAAAUGUUCCAACUGCUAUGUCACCCUGAAUGCCACGCCCACCUUCCAGCUGCAGACCAACGACGAGGGCCAACCGACUCGCCUGUCCUUUGGGUUGUCGGCCAAAUUCCAAUCCCACCUCGAGGUGAGAUUGGAUGAUGUGGAGACGAGCUUGGACCCAAAUGCCACAGAAGACACGUGGACGACCAUCUUCACGGGGCCUCGUUCGGAGAAUCUCAUCGAUACGUUCACGGCCAUUACGAUGCCCAUGUUUGGCAAGCUCAUUAGCAGCGUGAAUGACUGGACUGUGAACAUCGGGAUUUAUGUCAUCUAUACGCUGAAAGGCAAAGCCGGUCUUCAAAGUAGCCUGGAUGGUGUCCUGAGAGACCAGCGUACAUUGGAGUGGACUGGUGCUGAAGUUGCAUGGACCAAAGAGUGUCUAGGCCUUGAGGCCAACGUGGCCUACUCCACCCAACGGGCGACGACCUCCGUGGCGGCCACGGCGAUCGCCGCCUCGUCCCAGGUGGACGAUGAAGAUCUUUGUGUGGACAUUUAUGCCUUCGAGACCGACGGCAACUUGGACACCUUCUCCGACGAGCCCUAUGCGGGCUGGUGCUUCCUUGGGACGUGCCACAAUCGUCCGACCAGCUCGUUUAGUGGCAACAGGGCAGAGUGGGAUGCGGGGUACCAGUGCGUGAAGAUCCAGAGUAGCUUGCUGCAGAGCAACAAGGUCUAUUUGGGCGCUUGGGAGUCUGACACUUUGUGGGAUGAUGUCUACAUUGAGCGAGCCUCAGAAGAUUUGUUCAAGCUCGAAAACUUGGGAAACCGGACUAUCAAUGCGACUCCCACUGCCACAUCAAAGGGGACCUAUGCCAGACUCUUUGUGCGUUUCAAGCGCACCCCGUCUUCGCGCUUACUCUCACAGUCCAGUGGCAGCUCGAGCUGUGGUCAGAGCUUUUAUGCAGGAGGAGGGAUGCACGGCGGGAUUUCUGGCUUUGUGUUUCCUGACAUUGUUGAGCAUGUGAAUUUGAUGCGUUUUUUCUGCUUGGCAGUACUGCUUUUGAGCCCUCAGCUGCCGUCGCUCUUCGAGCACGGCGGCACGCGCCUGGUGGACCCCAUCCAGCUGCCCAGCUAUCGCUCGGAGAUGUCGCAGCAGCUCUGUGCGGCGCUGCCGGGCUCGAAUACCGGUGACUUGGAUGAAUGGAGCUUGGAAGAGAGGAGAGGGAAGAGAGGUCUCUGUGUGUGUUUUUGGACCUGGCAUGGCAGGUGGAAGGGGGGCAUUCUGAGAAAUUCUGGUGAAUUUGUAGGUUUUCGUAGGGUUUAUUGCUCGGUUUUUGGUGAGUGA